AUGCUACCAACUGAGCCACCACACUUGUUUGAAAUGUUUGAUCUUGGUAUGAUGCACUACUUUUUUGACAUAAGAGUAGUACAAUCAAGUGAUGGAAUUUUUAUUUCUCAAAAGAAAUAUGUGGAAGAUAUUCUCGAUUGGUUUCAGCUGAAGGGUUGUAAUCCUGUGAACACUCCAGUUGAAUGUGGCUUGAAGCUACACAAAGAUCAUGUAGGAAAGAAGGUUGAUAACACCCUCUACAAACAAAUUGUGGGAAGUUUGAUGUAUCUCAAUGCAACAAGGCUAGAUAUAAUAUAUUCUGUGAGUUUAAUUAGCAGGCAUAUGGAAAAUCCUAUAGAAUUGCAUUUGUUAGUUGCUAAGAGAAUCAUUUACUACUUGCAAGGAACAAGAGACUUCAGAAUAUUUUACAAGAAGGGUGUAAAAUCUAAUUUAUUGGAUUUACUAACAGUGGUUCUGUAG